GCAACCACUCCCUCUCCCUCACUCUCUCUCUCCCCCUCUGCAGUGCAAACCACUCUCUACCCUCCACUCUCUCUCUCUCUCUCUCUCUCUCUCUCUCUAUAAAGAGCAAAGCCCUCCAUAUCCAUCCAUCUUUCCCCUCCAACCCUUAAGAUUCAACAUGACUGAUCCUUACCCAAAUCUCUACUCACACUGGUUCAAAUUCAACCCUCCUUUCCAAUUCUCCUCUCCAAAUCCCCCUCCUCCGCCUCAUCAAAACUUCUCCUUAAAUCAUGUCUCCUUCAACUUCAAUCCCAACAGCUCUUUUCACCAAAGCCCACCUCGCUCACCGCCUCUCAAAGAAGCUUUACCCCUUCUAAACUUGAGCCCUAGAAAAGAUCAUGAGGACGAAGAACCCUCAUCUUGUAGGGGAGAAAGAAAUAGCCUUUUCUCCACCAGUACUGCUUCCGCUUCUGGUGCUGGUGACGACGACGACGACGACGACGCUGUCACUGUAGCUCUACACAUAGGGCUACCAAACCCUAGUACGGCUGAUCUAGCCUCUAUGCUUUCGUCCUCUUCUGCUGAGAAAGAAGGAGAUGGCGAUGAUGCUUCUGGUUCUGGGUUCCCCGUGAGCAGACUCAACAAGGGUCAGUACUGGAUCCCUACUCCUUCUCAGAUUCUCAUUGGUCCAACACAGUUCUCCUGUCCUGUUUGCUACAAGACCUUCAACAGAUACAACAACAUGCAGAUGCAUAUGUGGGGGCAUGGAUCACAGUAUAGGAGAGGGCCUGAAUCUUUAAGAGGAACUCAACCAACAGGCAUGUUGAGGCUUCCAUGCUAUUGCUGCGCACCAGGUUGCAGGAACAAUAUUGAUCAUCCGAGGUCGAAGCCGCUUAAAGAUUUCAGAACCCUUCAAACCCACUACAAGAGGAAGCAUGGAAUCAAGCCUUUCAUGUGCAGAAAAUGUGGCAAGGCCUUUGCUGUGAGGGGAGAUUGGAGAACCCAUGAGAAGAAUUGUGGCAAACUUUGGUACUGCAUUUGUGGGUCAGAUUUCAAGCACAAGAGGUCUCUCAAAGAUCACAUUAAGGCUUUUGGGCAUGGCCAUGCAGCUUAUGGCGUCGAUGGCUUUGAGGAAGAGGACGAACCAGCUUCAGAAGUUGAACAAGAUGAAGGAUCAGGAUCCAAGCAAUGAUGCCCCUCAGAACGAAGGCACCGGAUUCCAUUAAAAUGCUGAAAUUAGGCGUGUUGGAUGACAACAAUACUAGAAUGCGGGACCAAUCAGAUGCCCCGAGUAAUUGGUAUAAUAUUACUGAAGCCUCUUGCUUAUUCUAGCUCAAUUGAUUACAAUUAUAUAUAAACCUAGAAAGACUAACUAGUUUAAGCUUGAAAACACUGUUUAAAGCCACUUUUUUCUUUGUUUUUUCAUGUUUCAUCGACAACUUAAUAUUAAAAAACACAUUGAUCUUAAAUCAAGUUCUGUCGUCCACUUAAUUGGCUUUAAAUGAGCUCCUUUGAUAAGCU